AUGGGGGCAGAUGGGAAAGAUAUGGGGGGGCAUACACAAACAAUAAGCGAUGUCUGCGCUAGUGAUGCGCUCGCCUAUCGAUGGUUCGCCCCGCAGGGGGGCGAAGCGGACAGCGGGCUACAGGAGGCGCCUAAAUUCCGAGGGGCACACCCGCCGAGUGUAGUAAGCUAUCGCAACAGACCGACGGACAGGGCGACCGUGGAAGCAGGUUGGCUUCUUAUGGACCUGGUGCCAUACUUCAUCCAAUAUAGGCUUUUGAUUUCUCUCUGC